GGUGUUACAACAUUUUUGGGACACCUUGUAUAAAUAUUUGUCAUAUAUCUAUGUUGCACUGUGUGUUCACCAGGGGGGCCAAGCUACCGUAUUAAAAGUGAUUAAAUGGUUGGUACCAUGACAGAGCGCGUUGGCGUGAAUCAUACUCGCAUUUGAUUGCGUUAGUAAACAGUGUUCAGAGAUUUUUUAUAACAAAACUGUUUGUUACUUUCGCUGUGUAAAUCGUUUCUAAAGUGAAAACAUGUGUUCGACGGAAAGUGGCACCACGAACGAAAGCAUAAAAUACAGUAACGAUGUCGGAGACGCGUUUGGAUGCUCCAGAAACAGUGUCAGUCCCCUUGCGGGCCCUUUACAAAUGGCACCCACAGAACGUUAUGCUACGCAUUACAACAUGAAUCAUUCAAAACGUGGAUUAGCUAUUAUUUUUAAUCAUGAAUUUUUCACUAUUGCACAUCUCAAACCUAGAUGUGGAACAAAUAUGGAUUGUGAAAAUCUUAUCACUACAUUGAACAAUCUUGGUUUUGAAGUAAAUGAUUUUCAUAAUUCAACACAUAGAGAUAUAGUGAGAAAUUUAGAAAGAGUCGCUGGCAUGGAUCAUUCUCAGCAUGACUGUUUGAUUGUAGCUGUAUUGAGCCAUGGAGAAUUAGGAUUACUUUAUGCUCAUGAUACAUCCUAUAAACCUGAUUCCAUUUGGAGCCAUUUUACAGCUGAUAAAUGUCCUACAUUAGCAGGAAAACCAAAGUUAUUUUUUAUACAAGCUUGCCAAGGAGAUAGAUUGGAUGGAGGUAUAACAAUGAAAGACAGAACAGAAACUGAUGGUCUACCUGUUUCCUCAUUUCGUAUACCAAGUCAUGCAGACUUUUUAAUUGCUUAUUCAACAAUACCAGGUUAUUACUCCUGGAGGAAUACUACUCGUGGCUCCUGGUUCAUGCAAGCAUUGUGCAUGGAAUUACGCGAGAAUGCAAUGCGGUAUGACUUGUUAACUUUGCUCACGUUUGUUUGUCAGCGAGUUGCUAUUGAUUUUGAAUCCAAUACUCCUGACAACAUAACAAUGCAUCAACAAAAACAAAUUCCGUGCAUUACUACAAUGUUAACUCGUUUAGUAAAAUUUACACCCGCAAAAAAUGGAGCGGUAUAGUCAUUUUAUACAUGAGAGAUUUAUGCAGUAUAAUAGAUUUUAUACAGCGUGUACCUUUUCAUUGCACUAAUAUCACUACUCUGAGAGUUAAAUGGUAAUAUUUUGUCUGUGCUACUCUCAUUUGUAGUGUGUUUGCAAUGUAUUGCAUUUAAAUGAUAGCAUUUAUCUUAUAAACUGCCAUUAUAUUAUGCAAAACUUACAUUAUAAGACAAAAACAUUACAGCAAUACAAUAUAAUAGAUUUUAUAGUAUAUAUACAUUUUUGUACUCGUCAAAUUUAAAAAGAAAUCUUACAAAUUAUAUAUCUUUUGCAAGAUUUAUAAAAAAUAUUAUAGAUUUAUAGCGAUAAAAUUUUGAACUAUAACCUUUGAUCAUUUUUAAGCCAUUAUAAAGCCACAUAAGGUAAAUAGUGGUCGUACAAAAGUUUAUUAAAAUAUACUUGGGAUAUUAGACAUAAGAUAUUAAAUAAGUACAAAUGCAAAAUAAAAUUAAGAUAGUGCUUUAUACGUAUUGCGGGUUGAGGAUCAUGGUUGUGUAAGUCCAAAAAAAAAUAAAAAGAUUGAUAUAUUGCAUUAUAUCACACAUCUUCUGUGAGAUUAAUUCAAUAUUUUUUUUUUUUUUUUUUUUUAAACUUACUUACACCACUAUGAUUCUCAGUUCACAAUAUAGCGAGGAUCAAUUGCCUUUUUAAUUGCUGCUUUCAAACAAAAUUUAAUAAGUAAUUUAUAUACUAACUAUACAAUUAUUAUAUAUAUGUACUGCUCAAAAUAAUUAGAGAAUCGUCUAUGGAAAUGAGAUAAUGUUCAAUGCUAUUCAUUCAGUGAUACAUUGAUCAAGGUAAACACUCAAUAAGAGUGAGUUAAAGCAUAAAGUAAACCUGAGAAUUUUUGAAAUAACAUUAUACGAUAUUUAUUUAAUUCUUCCGAAUUCAAUAUUUAUCUCCAGAUUCUCUAAUUUAUUUUACCAGUAUAUUUAGAAAGAAGUAUUUUUGAGCCAUUGUAACAAAAGCAACUUGAACAAUUUAUACAAUUAAUAUAACUGCUGCUUUGUACAAACGUCAGGAGGACAAAACUUGUGUCUUUAUGCAACAAGCAAUAGUCUAACCUUAUAUAAAAAGUGACAUAUUUUCUACUUAGUAGUAAAUGAACAUUACUUGUCUAAAUAGUUGUGAUUAUAUAAGGUGCAAUUAUAACGAAUAUUCAAGUUUUAUCUAACGUUAAGAGAAAAACUAUAAAAUUACUUACUCUGUAACUAGAUUAUUAUGAAAUGCAUUUGACAUAUACUUUUGGAAUUGCUAGCUGAAAUAUAAAGUUAUGUUGCUUCAUAGUUUGAGGAGUCAUUCCCAAACGAUGUAGAUAAGAAUUUUAGAAGAAAAGCGCAAUAUUGAAAUGGCAAAUUUGCUAUAUUUGUAAUUAAAAUGGCAUUACUAUAAUCAAUGAGAACUUUUGAUAUCGUGAUAUAACAGUCUUUCAUGAUAAGAAUAUAUAAUUCUUAAAUAAUUAUUAAUGUAAUUUUACAGUUUUUAAUGUUGCUUCAAAUUGUUUGAUCACUUUGCCUUUAUUACUGUAUACUCAUAUAUGUGGCGUUAUUUGUGCGAAAUAUUUUUCACAAAAAAGUUAAUUAUUCACUUAAAGGUUAGUAUUAAAUGAAACGCAUUGUUCCUUGUCGUAACAAUUUUCAGUGUAAUCUUUCAACAUAUUAAUAUUUCAUAUUUAAUCGUAUAAAGUAAUUGCUCAACGAUAUAAGAUAAUGUUGCAAGAAUAUUUACAAUAUUUAUUGUAUCGUAAAUUGUGAUAAAAUAUGUGCUAUUGAAUUAUGCUUGAGACUUUACAGCAUUCUCUUACACAGUUUCAUGUAAUACUUUUAUAUAAUCGAAAGUUUUUUAGUACAUUUAUACUAUAGAUUUUGUAAGUCCUUAAUAUAUACUGCAAUCCAUAUAUUUGUCAAACUUUUGUGUACCAAUCUUGUAUACAAUCUUUUAAAAUAAAGUUAAAAU